GAUUACUUCCCAAAGCCCUCCCGACUUUCUAUCUCUGGCUUCUCGGGCUCUCCAGAGGAAGCGAGUAGUUGCCACUGUUGUCGGUAUCGCCAUGGUCUUGGCUCUAAUCAUCGCUAUACCACUGCUUGUGCAAAGUUCCACGACUUCUGCGCAUUACGAGAUGAUGGGCACUUGUCGAAUGAUUUGCGAUCCGUACAACCCGAAAUCAAGCGCAACUGCCAUGGAGGUCAUGCAGGAACUAAGCGCGAUUCCAUCUCCACCGUUUGUGCAAGGAACUAGAGGGGAACCGGGGAGACCAGGGAAACCGGGCGCACGGGGGCCUCCGGGAGAACCUGGGCCACCUGGUCCAAGAGGACCCCCCGGAGACAAAGGUAUCUCGGGGAGACCAGGGUUCCCCGCUCUGGCGUCAGGAACGGCACCGACCGAAACGGGAGAGGUCGGCGCGGCUAUGGGGAGUUCUAAAAUAGCAUUCUAUGUCGGACUGAAGAAUCCUCACGAAGGAUAUGAAGUGCUGAAGUUCGAUGAUGUGGUCACGAAUUUGGGAAACCAUUACGACCCCGCCACAGGCAAAUUCACCUGCCAGGUCUCCGGGAUCUACUUCUUCACCUACCACGUACUAAUGCGCGGAGGAGACGGGACAAGCAUGUGGGCCGAUCUGUGCAAAAACGGGCAGGUACGAGCGAGUGCUAUAGCGCAGGAUGCAGACCAGAAUUAUGACUAUGCGAGUAACAGCGCCGUGCUACAUCUGGAUUCAGGAGAUGAGAUAUAUGUCAAGUUGGACGGCGGUAAAGCGCACGGGGGCAACAACAACAAAUACAGCACUUUCUCCGGUUUUAUUUUGUAUCCCGAUUGAUUCUGGAUUCGUCAACGCACAGUAGGCUACUGACUGUCCACUGUCCGUACAUAGGAAAAAAUAGUUCUGUUGGGUCCAAUGGACGACACACGUCCACUGACUUGUUUUAUGUUUGCUAUUUAUUUUGUGAGAUAUUUUUUAUUUUUUAUGUUGACCAGAGGCCACACGGGAAAUGACAGGUGAUA